AUGAUUGAAGAUAAUAAAGAGAAUGAAGACCAUGCAUCUGAAAGAGGAAGAACAGCCAUCAUUUUUUCCUUGAAGAAUGAAGUUGGAGGACUUGUGAAAGCAUUAAAACUCUUUCAGGAGAAGCAUGUAAAUCUGGUACACAUUGAGUCACGGAAGUCCAAGAGACGAAAUUCGGAGUUUGAGAUCUUUGUGGACUGUGACAGUAACAGGGAACAACUGAGUGAGAUCUUCCAGCUUUUGAAAUCCCAUGUCAGCGUUGUCUCUAUGAACCCGACAGAACAUUUCAAUGUCCAGGAAGAUGGUAAGUACAAAAAUGUUCCCUGGUUUCCGAAGAAGAUCUCUGAUUUGGAUAAGUGUGCAAACCGAGUGCUGAUGUACGGGUCCGAUUUGGAUGCUGACCAUCCAGGUUUCAAAGACAAUGUCUAUCGCAAGAGGCGAAAGUAUUUUGCAGACCUGGCUAUGAACUACAAACAUGGUGACCCAAUUCCCAGGAUUGAAUUCACUGAGGAGGAGAUCAAGACUUGGGGGACUGUGUACCGAGAGCUUAACAAGCUUUACCCAACUCACGCCUGCAGAGAGUACCUUAAAAACUUACCCUUGCUCACCAAAUACUGUGGAUACAGGGAAGACAAUAUUCCCCAGCUGGAAGAUGUAUCCCGCUUCCUGAAAGAGCGCACAGGUUUUACCAUUCGCCCUGUUGCUGGAUAUCUGUCGCCCAGAGACUUCUUGGCAGGAUUAGCAUUCAGAGUUUUUCACUGCACUCAAUAUGUUAGACACAGCUCGGACCCUCUCUAUACACCAGAGCCCGAUACCUGCCAUGAGCUCCUCGGCCAUGUCCCUCUUUUGGCUGAACCCAGCUUUGCUCAGUUCUCCCAGGAAAUUGGUCUUGCAUCACUUGGGGCAUCAGAUGAGGCUGUCCAAAAACUGGCAACAUGCUAUUUCUUCACUGUAGAAUUUGGCUUGUGCAAGCAAGAGGGACAGCUGCGAGUUUAUGGGGCUGGCUUGCUCUCUUCAAUUAGUGAGCUCAAGCACUCGCUGUCUGGCAGUGCCAACGUCAAGCCUUUUGAUCCAAAGGUCACCUGCAAGCAAGAAUGCCUCAUUACAACUUUCCAGGAGGUUUACUUUGUUUCUGAAAGUUUUGAAGAAGCAAAGGAAAAGAUGAGAGAGUUUGCAAAAACCAUCAAGCGCCCAUUUGGAGUGAAGUACAAUCCAUAUACUCAAAGCGUGCAGAUCCUGAAAGACACCAAGAGCAUUGCCAUUGUGGUGAAUGAGCUACGUCAUGAGCUGGACAUUGUCAGCGAUGCCCUCAGCAAGAUGGGCAAGCAGCUGGAAGUUUAA